CCAACAGGAGGGUAGUUCAAAAUUGAAAAUGGACUGUAAAUGCAGCGCUGCAACAAAGCUGAAUUGAAAUAAAUCAACGGAUACAAGAAGAACCAUUUUGGACACAUUUUACAGAAGAAUUAUUCUGUAACCACCGAGGACCAUGCAGCGCUGGACAUGGGUACAGGACCUGUUGGGCCCACAGCAGCUGAAAGGAAGGUCCUUUUAUCUGGAUUGCGUGAAGAGUCGCCAUUCUUCUCUACUGGUGGAGGCCAUUGCUGAUCUUGGAGGGAGUGUGGAAAGCUUCCUCAAUAAAGAUGUGAAUGUUGUGAUAUCCGGCAGCCAGGAGGCUUGGCUUGAGUGUCAGCCGAGUGAGGUUCAGAGAGCGGCAGGUGGGACGAAGGCUAUGGCCCCUGGCUCCCCGGUCUCUGCCCACCACAGACAGUCUGAGGACAGCACAGGCAGCCAGCGCCCUGCCACUCCCAGACCGCCUGUGUGUGGUAGCCGUGGAAGGGCCCUGCUGGAAAAAGCAAUCAGCAACAACGAACGCUGUCGUGGAAGCAGUGUACUGGCCAAUGCUCGGUUGUGGGGGGUGAAGAUUGUGCAUGUGGCUGAUUUUCUCUUGUACGUAGAAAGAUUGAAGGUGGCAACUGCCCAGGCCAAAAACAAGAAGGCGGAGCGGCUGUACCGCGUGGUUGGAGGAGCGCCUUCAACGUGCGGCUCGACCGGCGGACUGCAGCAGGUGUCGCCCCAACAGUGA